CCGACUAAACUAACCUAUGAGAAAAUUGUUUACAUGCCGUAGCAUUUUAAAAGCGCACGUUUUGUCAAUAUCUCCGAACAAUGGCAAAUCUCUGCGACGAAAAAGUAACGCGUAUGGAAGAUAUAUUGAAUACAGCAUCGGUGCUGAAUAAACCUACACUAGAGCAGUUGCCUAAUACCGAGAAACGCGAGAGGCAACAUAUUCCACGAGGCAAACCAAAAUCUGGUAGGAUAUGGAAGGAAGAAAAAACGAAAUUUUCUUCUAUAAUUAAAACGCGUGGAAUUCGACAGUCGUUUGCUAAGAAACAAAAGUUGAGAGAAGAUCUGAAACGCGUUAAAGAGAUGUCAAGGGCAAUCAAGGCACAAAAACAAGCAGAAAAGGAAACCAAGAAGCAACGAAGGAGAGAAAAUUUAAAAAGAGCGGAGGAAAAUAGAAAAAAGAGCGAAAUUGUGCAAAUUAUUAAAAAUACUGCAAAGAUAAAAAGGAUGAAGAAAAAACAAUUAAGAAUGAUUGAAAAGAGAGACACAACUAAUAUGUAACACUGAAUAAAAUUAU